AGAAACCGUAGUAAUACGAAAGUGUACAGUCACCAAGAGCAAUUUCCAUGUUAGUUUUUUUAAUUGUUGUUAGAACUCAAAAUAAGAUUAAUUUAACCGCACAGCAUCACACUUACUCCAGGUAUUCUUUCAAUUUCAUUGGAGACAGGACUUGGAUGUGAAUUAGGUAGAUGUGAACUAGGUAACGUUAACGCUAGCUAGCUGCUAACGUUAGCUAAAAAUGGCUAACUGUAUGGCUUUUCACACUCAAAUGGCAUCCAUCAUGGAGGUGCUAGCGAAUGCAGCCGUGGCAGAGAUCUGUAAACUCGUAGAUGACGAUUAUGCAGUGUUUCGUUUGGAAAUAACUCAAAGCCAGAAAGAAAACAAGGCAUUGCGGAGGAAACUACAGCAACUGGAAAUUAAGGUGUCACGGGACAGAGCAGACAGGACCAUGCGAGAGCGCGUCCUCGCCAGUCCCAGUGUCAAGAUCCUCGACCGAUACAGAGGAAAGGCAAAAGUCACUCUCUCAGGUGAAGGACAUCACACUGGAGGCCACAGAAACUUUGUGAAGCCAGCGGGACAAAAUACAUGGAGAGAUGACCAACCAAUCACUGUUGAUGAGGGAAUAGGAAACGCAACCCAUCAUGUUAUAGAGUCUGCAGAGGCUGCAGGUCCUGGGGUCAAGCAGGAAGAGUCUGAAGGAGAGGUGGACCCACGGCACAGUAGAAACAUCCUGACUGGAGCGGCUGGAGAGCCCCCUGUUGCCACGGAGAACCCCACCACCGCCCAAGAUCAAUCAAGGACCCGAUGCAGCAUCAUGGUCAGUGGAACGCUGAAUGCCAUCCUCAAGUCAGAGACAGACACCAAGACCUUAACAGGGCUGAACCGACUGGGCUGUCCUCCUGCUCCAAGCUCAGAGUAUUUACUUUAUGGCAACACAAGCCCGAGGACUGUUCUGUCCCAUCGGGACUCAGGUGACACUUUACAGACUGUCAAUGAUCCAUCCUGUUCAUACACUACAGAGAUGAUACCUGGUGACAUGCCUGUGGUAUUAGAUGCACAGACUAAUCCUAUGAAAGUGGACUGGAACCAGUACAGUAGUAGUGGAUACUCUGAAGGGUGCCUAGAUAAGAAAGGGGAGAGCCUGGUCAUAGAUGAGGUGACUGUGAAAGUGGAGGGCGACGCUCCUCUGACAUGGAAUGCAUACGAAACUCACUUAGGAGAAGGACACUCACAAGGCAACACCAUUGACUUCUUAGACUACAGGGAAAGCUUGGAGACAAAUCUAAAUGUCAUGACCCACUCCCCUUUACACACGUUUACACACGAUCCAUUAUCCAUGUCGAUGGGGCACUCCGAUUCACACAGGGAACAAAUGGCCAAGGCGCGUGGAGAGGGAGCCAUAUCGGGCAAUGGUAAAGAGAAACGGUUCCUUUGCAUGUUCUGUAACAAAGGCUUCAGCUGCCCCCAGAAGGUGGACAUCCACCAGAGGGUCCACACAGGGGUGAAACCCUUCAGUUGUACCCAGUGUCACAUGCGCUUCGCCCAGGCAUGCACCCUGAAGAGGCACCAGAGGGUCCACACAGGGGAGAAACCCUUCAGCUGUACCCAGUGCCACAUGCGCUUCGCCCAGGCUGGUGACCUGAAGAGGCACCAGAGAGUCCACACGGGAGAGAGGCCCUUCGCCUGUGCGCACUGUGGAAAGAGGUUCUCAGAGAAGAGCUACCUCAGGUUACACCAGCAGAAAAAACACUCCACUCUAACAAACACUUUUAUAUCAAAAGACAAAGAUUCGUUUUAGUUGUCAUCAGAAAAUAUCCACAGAUGCAUUUGGAUAUUCCUGGGUAGAAUAUUAUAUCCAGAUAUUGUGUGAUAUAAGGCAUAGUGUAUAUACAGUGACUACAGUGCAUUUGGAAGGUAUUCAGACCCCUUGACAUUCUCCACAUUUUGUUACGUUACAGCCUUAUUCUUUGUUACGUUACAGCCUUAUUGUUUUCCCUCAAUCUACACACAAUACCCCAUAAUGACAAAGCAAAACCAGGUUUAUAAAUGUUUGUAUUUGUAUUAAAAAGAAACUGAAAUAUCUAAUUUACGUAAGUAUUCAGACCUUUUUACUCAGUACUUUUUUGAACACCUUUGGCAGAAAUUACAGCCUCAAGUCGUCUUGGGUAUGACACCACAAACUCGGCACACCUGUAUUUGGGGAGUUUCUCAGAUUCUUCUCUGCAGAUCCGCUCAAGCUCUGUCAGGUUGGAUGGGGAGCGUCGCUGCACAGCUAUGUUCAGGUCUCCAGAGAUGUUCGAUCGGGUUCAAGUCCGGGCACUGGCUGGACCACUCAAUGACAUUCAGACUUGGGGCCUCCCGGGUGGCGCAGUGGUCUAGGGCACUGCAUCGCAGUGCUAGCUGCGCCACCAGAGUCUCUGGGUUCGCGCCCAGGCUCUUCCGCAGCCGGCCGCGACCGGGAGGUCCGUGGGGCGACGCGCAAUUGGGCUAGCGUCGUCCGGGUUAGGGAGGGUUUGGCCGUUAGGGAUAGUCUCAUCGCGCUCCAGCGACUCCUGUGGCGUGCCGGGCGCAGGGCGCGCUAACCAAGGGGGCCAGGUGCACGGUGUUUCCUCCGACACAUUGGUGCGGCUGGCUUCCGGGCUGGAGGCGCGCUGUGUUAAGAAGCAGUGCGGCUUGGUAGGGUUGUGCUUCGGAGGACGCGUGGCUUUCGACCUUCGUCUCUCCCGAGCCCGUACGGGAGUUGUAGCGAUGAGACAAGAUAGUAAUUACUAGCGAUUGGAUACUACGAAUAUUGGGGAGAAAAGGGGAUAAAAAAAUAAAAUAAAAAAAAGACAUUCAGACUUGUCACGAAGCAACUCCUGCGUUGUCUUGGCUGUGUGCUUAGGGUCGUUGUACUUUUGGAAGGUGAACCUUCGCCCGCGUCUGAAGUCCUGAGCGCUCUGGAGCAGGUUUUCAGCAUCUCUGUACUUUGCUCUUUUCAUCUUUCCCCCGAUCCUGACUAGUCUCCCAGUUCCUGCUGCUGAAAAAUGGUGCAAGGUUUCCUCCAGAUGUGACGCUUGGCAUUCAGGACAAAGACAAUCUUGGUUUCAUCAGACCAGAAAAUCUUGUUUCUCAUGGUGUGAGAGUCCAUUAGAUGCUUUUUGGAAACUCCAAGUGGGCUGUCAUGUGCCUUUUACUAAGGAGUAGCUUCCUUCUGGCCACUCUACCAUAAAAGGCCUGAUUGGUGGAGUUCUGCAGAGAUGGUUGUCCUUGUGGAAGGUUAUCCCAUCUCCACAGAGGAACUCUGUCAGAGUGACCAUCAGGUUCUUGGUCACCUCCCUGAUGAAGGCCCUUCUCCCCAGAUUGUUCAGUUUGGCCGGGCGGCCAGCUCUAGGAAGAGUCUUGGUGGUUCCAAACGUCUUCCAUUUAAGAAUGAUGAAGGCCACUGUGUUCUUGGGGACCUUCAAUGCUGCAGACAUUUUUUUGGUACCCUUCCCCAGAUAUGUGCCUCGACACAAUCCUGUCUCGGAGCUCUACGGCCAAUUCCUUCGACCUCAUGGCUUGGUUUUUGCUCUGCCAUGCACUGUCAACUGUGGGACCUUAUAUAGACAGGCGUGUGCCUUUCCAAAUCAUGCCCAAUCAAUUGAAUUUACCACAAGUCGACUCCAAUCAAGUUGUAGAAACAUCUCAAGGAUGAUCAAUGGAAACAGGAUGCACCUGAGCUCAAUUUCGAGUCUCAUAGCAAAGGGUCUGAAUACUUAUGUAAAUAAGGUAUUUUGUUUUUAAAAAUGUAAUACAUUUGCAAAAUUUAAAAAAAAAGGUUUUCGCUUCAUCAUUAUGGAGUGUUGAGGAUUUUCUUUUUUAUGUAAUCCAUUUUAGAAUAAGGCUGUGACGUAACAAUGUGUAAAGUCAAGGAGUCUGAAUACUUUCCAAAGGCACUGUAGCUCCUUUGAUAUUUGUUUUGAUCCUGACCGGUGGUGGAAAAGGUACAAGUCAUACUUGAAUAAAAGUAAAGAUAAGUAAAAAGUAAAAUUGAGUCACCCAGUAAAAUACUACUUGAGUAAAAGUGUUAAUUUCUAAUUCACACAUUCUUGUUUUUUAUUUAUUUACAGGGAGCCAGGGGCUUACUACAAACAAAGCAUUUGUGUUUAAUGAGUGCCAGAUCAGAGGCAGUAGGGAUGACCAGGGAUGUUCUCUUGAUAAGUGUGUGAAUUGGACCAUUUUCCUGUCAAAAUGUUACUUUUGGGUGUUAGGGAAAAUGUAUGGAGUAAAAAGUACAUUAUUUUCUUUACGAAUGUAGUAAAAGUUGUCAAAUAUAAAUAGUAAAGUACAGAUACCCAAAAAAACUACUUAAGUAGUACUUUAAAGUAUUUUUACUUAAGUACUUUACACCACUGAUCCUGACAAACUCCUCAGUCCCUACCGAUGACAAGCAUACCCAUAACAUGAUGCUGCCACCACAAUACUUAAAUAGAGAGGGCUUCAUUCUGUUGUAUUGGAUUUGAGACAACCCUCUUUUCUUUUUUUUAAAUUCAGGCCAAAAAUGUAAUGUAAGUGCAAUGUUGUUGAUCUCUUUGUAUUUUCAAGUAUUGUGAUGGCAGCAUCAUGUUAUGGUUAUGUCACCGGCAGGGACUAGGGAAUUUAUGAUCAAAAUAAAUAUGAAACGAAAAAAGAAACUCACCUCAGUCUUCUGAAAACCCUGGGAUAGGGUUUUAUUUUUCUGUGGGACAAUUACACAGAGGUGUUGAGAGUUCCUGAGUGAUCUAGUCUCAGUAUAGUGACUUAAAUCAGCUUUAAAAAAAUCUGAGACAAGGUUUGAAUAUGGCUGUCCAAUGAUUCCCAAUUUUGACAACAAUGGGUAUAGUGUUGUGCGAAGUCGGUAGAAUCUUAUUCCAAAUUAUUCACAGCUGUAAUGGCAGCCAAAAUGUGCUCCCACUAAGUAUUAACUGAUGCGGGUGUAGACUUGUUCUAUAAUGUUCUAUAACUUUCUUUUACUUGAAAAUGUGGAGAUGGUUGUGUAGAUCUGCAGGAAAUUGUCAUUUAAUCCCUUUUCAUAUUUAAUUUUGAGGCAGCAAAAUGUGAAAAAAAGUUAAAGGUGAUGUAGACUUUCUAUAUGCACUGUACGCCUAAAAAGUCUGUUACAUAUUGUGUUUGUACUGUGUAGGCUAUAAUGAUCACAAAUGCCUUUUUUAUUACUUCCAUUCAACUACUUGUUUUUUUCCCCCAGGACACCUUUUAUUGAUAACAUUUAUGCAGUUUAUCAUGCAGAUUUGUAGUAAAGACAUAUGUGUGUGUGGUUUUCAUAUGGUUUGUUUAAAACUUGUUUAUGUUUAAUAAACACAAAAUGGGACUUAAUUCAAA